AGAAAUGUAAGGGAGGGUAUGAGUAUAUCCUCGUGGCCAUGGACCACUUUACACGAUUUGCUCAGGCUUAUCCCUGCAGAGAUAAAAGUGCCAAAACAGCGGCAGAGAAAAUAUUUGGAGACUUCGUCUUGAAGUUUGGUUUUCCCACACGGCUCCAUCAUGACCAGGGAAGAGAAUUCGAAAACAAACUCUUCGCCAAGCUGGAAGAAUACAGUGGAGUCAAGGGAUCCAGAACCACACCAUACCACCCCCAGGGAAACGGCCAGGUAGAAAGGUUCAAUAGGACACUGCUGGCCAUGCUUCGGAACCUCCCAGAGGGAGCAAAAGCAGAUUGGAAGGCAUCCCUGGCAAAAGUGGUCCAUGCAUACAACUGUACGCGCAGCGAGGCCACUGGAUAUGCCCCUUAUUUCCUCUUGUUUGGGAGGAAUCCCAGACUCCCUAUUGAUAUGAUUUUUGGUCUCACAGCUAAUGAUCAAAGCCCUUCUCAUCAAGACUAUGCCGAGAAGUGGAAGAUUCGCAUGAAAGACGCUUACAAACUGGCCUCAGCUACAGCCUGUAAGGAGAGUCGACGAGGGAAAGUGCUCUAUGACAGAAAAAUACACGGUGCAGAGCUGUACCCAGGGUGCAGAGUACUGGUCCGGAAUUUUGGUGAGAAGGGAGGACCAGGGAAACUGAGAUCCUUCUGGGAGGACCAAGUGUUUCAGGUGACACAAAGGAAACACAAGGAUAGCCCAGUAUAUGAGAUUAAGCCAGAAAAUGGCAAGGGACGUGUCAGAGUCGUCCACAGGAACCUUCUGCUGCCGUGUGACUUCUUGCCAGUCGAAAAAGUCAACUCACAUGCAGAGCUGAGAAAGCAAACACAGAAAAACAACAACAAGGACAGACAUGAGCGGCAUGAGCACGAGCACAGUUCGGAGGAUGAAGAUGAAUGGAGAGCAAUCAGAGGACUGUCGACAGAACAAGGGGAACGUGGUAGACAGCCCUGGUGGACAGAAGCAUCAGAGUACAAUGCAGAGAGUGGAGCCGUCAGGAGGGAGGAUCUCUGUGAUGACAAUGACAUGGAACACCAGGAGGACUGCGGAGAAGAGAAUCUGGGCUUGGACAAUAUAGAACACCAAAACAACCAGUAUGAUGAGGAUACAGAGGCACAAGAGAACAAUAAAGACACAGAGCAGACGCACCAGCUUGAGAUGGAGUGCAGUGACCAAGAGGACACUGACCAGUCACCUGUCAGUGUGAAAAAAUACCCGUGAUAUGGAUGGAAAAAGCAGUGGACUGUUAUCGUGCACAAUAACACCUGCUGCGACAUAUGACAGGAAGGGGAGAUACAUGUCAUGUGUUUCACUGUGGCUAGCAGUGAUGCUGAACUCUGACUCCUAAAGAGAUGUAGCCUUCUACAAGCAAUGUAUAGUUGCCACAUAAGGACUGAUAUUGGUAGAAUGUCGGGACGCCAUUAACUUUUUGAGGGGAGAGUGUAAGGACAAGAAAGACAUCGUGGACAAAACAGGACACCCCCCUAUAAUUUAGUCACAAUAUUAUAGUUAGUUAAAUGGUCUGAUUGUUCAAAUAUGUAUUUUCUUUGAUUGUUGUAAAAUAAUGUGUGCCCCAGUCUCCAAAAAUGACAUAGUGCAGGAAGGGUAGUUAUUCCUCCGUUACACCACAAGAGGGAGUAUCCCCUAAAACAAGCAGCUCUAGCGGGAGUAAAUAAGCCCAGCCACUAACCAUAAGGCAGUGCGCCUAUAAGAGUUGUGUGAGAGUGCAAAAGUGUGUAACGUUGUGCCAUGUCUACAUAUAUGUUUGCAGGUAAGCAGAUACAAGAUGGUAAAUAACUUAAAAUGUAUCUACAGAUGAGUCCACGGGGUUGCAGAGAAUGUGGGAAAGUUGGCCGUUAAUCCCCAUUAUGUGUCAUUAGUAUAUAAGUUAUUGGUAGCGAUGUGAAUUAGCCGUGGCGCUAACGAUUAGCAGCUAGAGAUAAUUCAUUAGGUUGUACGGAAACCUCGUGGCGCUUUUGUGGAUUUAUACCUGCACCGAGCUGUAAUCACAGCAGAUAUAGCCUGGUGGAUCACACUAUCUUUUGUUUAUGUUUAUUUCAUUGUUGUACUGUAAGAAAUAUUAGAGAUUUGAGUUUAAGGACUAACCAUAAGGCAGUGCGCCUAUAAGAGUUGUGUGAGAGUGCAAAAGUGUGUAACGUUGUGCUAUGUCUACAUAUAUGUUUGCAGAUGUUUGCAGAUACAGUAAAGGCGAACUCACAAAGCCA